AAUCAAGUUAAUUAGCUAUAAGCAUGGAAGAUGAACAAAGCAACAUUAGGCUUGCAAGAGACAAGUACAGGUCUUUCCUUCACGAUGCAGUAGCCGACACUCAUUGGAGGCAUGGUGCCUCUCCCACUUAUGAUCAAGUUAAUCUCCUCUUCGAAGAGGGCCGGACCAAGGUUUGGCCUGAAGGAUCCCUGGAAGAGACGGUUCAGAAUGCGAUAAAGUCGUGGGAAAUGGAGCUUUCUCACAAGACUCGUCUCCAGGAUUUUCAGUCUAUUAAUCCUGAUAAAUUCAAGCUCAUCGUUAAUGGGAGGGAAGGGUUAUCAGGAGAUGAAACACUGAAGGUGGGGAGCUACAAUGCUUUGUUAAAAAAUUCACUGCCUGAAGAACUGAAAUACUACAAGGCAGAGGAAGAGAGCUUUGAAUCUUCUCAUGAUGCAUUUCGAUCAGCAUUUCCCCGGGGCUUUGCCUGGGAAGUGUUGGGUGUUUACUCAGGACCUCCAACAAUAGCAUACAAGUUUAGGCACUGGGCUUUCUUUGAAGGCCCCUUCAAAGGUCAUGCCCCCACUGGAGAGAUGGUUCAGUUCUGUGGAAUGGGUGUUUUAAAGGUGGAUGAAGCACUGAAGGUAGAAGAUUGUGAAAUAUAUUAUGAUCCAGCAGAAUUGUUUGCCGGGCUUCUCAAGGGUCCUCCAUUAUCUGCUGAUCAUCAACAACUAGAUAACGUUGCUGCUUCUACUAAUACAACAUCAACAAAACGUUGUCCACUUCACUAAGAAACGUCCCAGCAAGAUGUUUCAGUGCUUACAAUGAUCUUCAAUAUUUGGCCAAAUCAUAAAUUAAGUUUGUGUUGCUUUCAAUUGGAUUCAUAUCCUUUUAUCUUCAGCUUUAUAUGUAUGAUUCAGAUACAACCCUCGUACCUGGACUGUUUUAGUGUUAUGCUUAAUAAAAGUUCCCUAUUGUUCUUAAUUUCAAAA